UUACACCGUGAGUUUAAAAUUCAUGAACUAUUUUGCACACUAUUCUGAUUGAUGAAGGAUAUAUUUACUGGUGUAAUUGUGUAAAUAAAGGAUUUGAUUUUUGUAAAAACAGAGUUGUCCUUUGGUCUUGGGUGGAAAACGAGAGGAAAGCUCUGUGAUUUUGUUCAGAGGUCAGCAGAUGGUGCUGUUUGUUGGCAGAGCUGCUUGAGAACAUCUCUCUCUGUGUGUGUCUGCUGAUGACUGCGAGACCCUCCCCUGUAGCUGUCCUCUCCCAUCUUCUGCAGAGCAGCGGCGGCACCGAUGGAGAAGAAGCAGGGAUCUUCUCUUCAGUAUGGUUCCCUGGAGCACACGGCAUGGAGCAGAGACACCAAGAAACCAGAGGAGGACGUGGUGUCCAUGGCUGACUCCACCAUCACUGUGGACGACAUCGAGGGGGAGCUCUUUAAGAUCGAGAGGAUCAGGGACGUCCUGGUCCGGAGGGAGUCCGAGCUAAGAUACAUGAUGGAUGACAUUCAGCUGUGUAAAGAAAUCACCCGUCUGAAGAAGGAGCUGCACAAACUGGUGUCCAUUCCAGAUCACGACAAGUCCAAUGAGGAUCGACAAAAAGAGGAAGAACUCCUGCAGCAGAUUCACAAGCUGGUGGAGACCAGAGAUUUCCUGGUGGACGAUGUUGAGUUCGAACGACUCAGGGAGAAAGAAGAGGAUAAAGAAAUGGCAGAUUUUCUGAAGUCCAGAAUGCCAAGAAACAUAAAGAAGACAGGCUUGCCAACUAGAAGGACGCCAACGAGGGCUCAGCAGACCUCCUCCCCGUUCGCCAAGACCGGCCUCACCCUCCUGAAAGAGUGCUGCGGUUUUACCUGCUCCAUCAUGUAGACCAGGGGUCUCACUGACGGACUGAUGAGAACUCACAGACCCCGACGAUCAUUCCUGUUCCAACCAUCCAGUCAGAGACAGGUUUACAGGAGACACAUGGAUCUGUGCACACCUGUUGAAAAUGCUGCAGUUUUCCUAUUUUUCAACUUCCUGUUUCUCUUGUUUUUCUGCAUUUCACCACAACCUAUAUAUUGUAUUUUUUUUUUUGCCCCACAACCAAGUUCAGCUCAUACAUUUAGUAAAUUAAUUGGAUUGAACUCCACGGCUCGCCCACCACUUAGAUAUUUAAAGAUUUCCUGAAGCCGCAGUAACUGUCCUGUCCUUGUUAUAGUAGCUGUGUUGCAGUGAGCAGAGCGUUCUGUGCAUGCCCGGUACUUUAUAAUUACCGUACAGGAGACAACACUAAUGAAACUGACAUUAAUCAGGAGUCGUGUAAAGUUUUGUCUAAAAUGGAUGUGACCUUUUGGGAAGUUGUGGUUCGAGAAAGAGAAAGCAGUGUUGCAUUAGUUGACUUCCUUUUUAUUAUUUGUUUUUUUUUUCUGAACGAUGGCACAAACUUCAACACGAAGCUCUGUUUUGUGCAGACAACCGAUUUUGUUUUUUAUUCUCCCCAGGCUUGUGUAGAAAAAAAAAGUCAUCAGAUCAUAUUUGUUAUUUUUUAUUUAUUUUGUGUGACCUUUUUGAAUUAAUAAGCUGGUUCAACACUCAGCGGACGCUGGAUACCAUUACACAACAUCAUCAUCAUCACACACMCCAACACCCACUCAAAACACAUUAAAGGCCAUAAAACUCCAGUUGAUCUGCAAAACUCUUCAGCGGUUUUUUUUUUUGCUUUUCAGUGUAAAAUCCUUUUUAGUCUCAGGUGGAGGAGUUCUAAUAUCUGGACGUCUUCAUGAGUGAUGGAGCGACUAAACAGAACAGAGCACUUAGACAGAAAAAAAAGAGUAAGCACAGAACUAUUUUCUGUUAGUGAUGAUUGUUAUUUGAAGAUGAUCCUUACUAUAAGUGUGAUGUUUGUCUUUGGGAGAAACGGAGCAGUUUUCUUUCCUCGGUUUCAUCUCUGGAUCUGUUGACAUUUAGUCUCAGUCUCYUCACAGAGGCGUUGGGUCGUGUUUCUCUCAGCAGCCAUGUCUGACGCUGCCAUGGAGAUCCUCACAGGACUGAAAUGAUGCGUCCAACAUUCAAAAUGACCAGAGACCAGGACUGAAACGUUUAGUGAGUCAGGUUAUUGCAUUAUUAAAAUAAAAUGUUCAUGCAGAAAUUCAGCGUUUCCGUUUUUUUCCUCUGUGGAAUAAAUAAAGCUCUUCACUCCUUUA